UUUCAUUUGCCUUUCACCCUUUGCUGCGUUGGCAGCUUCAACUAAAUUAAACAAAAAAUAAUAAGCAAUUCGCUAACUUCGAAGAAAAAAUAAUUUUUUAAAGUUUUGCGGAAGCUGUUUUAAACGAGUUUGCGACAGAAUGGUGCGCUGGAGUGAGGUAGGAGUAAAUAUCAAUGGAAUGCUCAGAGUAAAAGUUCGCUUAAAGCAUAAUAAUAAAUAUAAAAAACGGAAAAUUAAGGAAGAAACUUACCUCUACGAUCCCAACAUUUUGCUGCAAUUGAAUUUCCAUCAAAGUCCGGCAAAAUUCGAGCCAUUCAUUUCGGCUGCAUACCCUGGCGAAAACUGGCUUAAGGUGCGUCCACUAAAGGACGGUGACUAUGAUCGUGGUUUCCUCAAACUGCUCUCGCAACUCACCGAGGUGGGACAUGUGACACGCACGCAAUUUUUAACUCGUUUCUCGCAGAUGAAGGCCAGCGGCGAUUACUAUGUAACUGUGAUCGAGGAUACGCGCAAAAAUGAGAUAAUCGGGGCCGCUUCACUUAUUGUCGAACGAAAAUUCAUACACAAUUGUGCUAUUCGUGGCCGACUAGAAGAUGUGGUUGUCAAUGAUACUUACCGCGGCAAGCAGUUGGGUAAACUUAUUGUGGUAACUGUCAGCCUGCUGGCUCAGCAACUGGGUUGUUAUAAAAUGUCACUAGACUGCAAGGAUAAGCUGAUUAAAUUCUACGAGUCACUAGGCUAUGUACUCAUUCCCGGAAAUUCGAAUUCAAUGACAAUACGCUAUGAUGAGGGUCCAGCUGCAGUGCGGCACAAUAACACAGCGCUAGUUGGUAGCGAUGCCAACAACACCAGUCAAACUGUAGUAGUCAUAUUACCAUUUAAAAGUACGUUCAUAAAAUAGCUAACUGUAAAUCGAAAAUAGCUAAACCUUUUUUAGUUUUGCUGCUGUUGAAAUAUUAUUAUGUAGAUGCAUAUAAAAAUAUAUUUUACAAACUGUAUAAA